CACUGAGCACCGCAGGUGCACAUUUAAUUCAGUGGUACAGUAUUUAUCAUUGGCUUACUCUCAGAUUGUAGUCUGACUAUAAAAGGCUUAUUGAAAAUCCUCUGUCUCAUUUUGAGCUGUAUUGCUAAGUUGUAAUAGUUCAACUGUCCUGAAGUUUUUUAAUUCCCACCCUUACCUCCCUUUGACAGUUUUGUUGUUGUUAUCAGUAAACAUGGGCUCACCACUUUCUUUCCUCCUCUGUUUAAGUCUCCCGUGAACUUCCCCAUGCUUUCAUUUUAAUGCAAACUUUUAUAUUUGAUUGUAUUCCUGCACGUGCUGGUGGAGUCGGCUCGUAGUACUGAUAAGAUAAAGUUCCUAGAACAGAAUAAUUACCUACACCAUUCCAUUUAAUUGCACAAUGCUGGCUUGAGGUUUCAGCUUGUAGUGCAGUAUUUGUUUUGGACCUGCCUGAGCACAGAUAUGUAAAAUAGGGUCGGGGAGAUAAGUAAGGCUUUAUGGUCACGCUAUGGAAGUUGUCUGCUGUGUUGAUGACGGAGCAGUGUUUCCCCCUUUACGCCAAAUGUUUUUAUUGUUGUCAUGCUUUUAUUAAACUUUAAUUUAAAGCCUAGCUAAAGAACUAUGACAUUAAGGGGAAAAAGUGUUAUUAUUACACUCAAAAAUGAAAACAACUACUUACAUUGCUAUUUUAUUUCAUUGCAGUAAAAGCAAUAUACCAAGAUUUGCAUCCUGAAUAUGUAAACUACUUGUAUCUGAUGUUGCCAAUUUCUCUGGUAAUCCUUAAUCCCAUUGGAUUCAUUCUCAUGCAAAUACAGAAGCAGAAGCAAAGUACAACAGAAUCAAACAGCAAGCUAAAGAUUGCUUUUACAGCAUUCAAAGAAGUUGUCACUGAUCCUAUUGUUUUUAUGACACUUAUUGGUCUUGUUGGACAUUUUAUUUUUGAUGGUCACCUACCACAGGUUCUUGAUCAAAUCCUUAAUAGUCUUGGCCAGGCAUUUUUGGCAACAGCCUUGUUUUAUUUGGGAGUCAGGAUGGUUGGAAACAUGACAACUAAACUUGGUCGUGGGUUGCUGGUUCCGCUUUUGUUAAUUUCUGCAAAAUCGUAAGGAUUGUAGGAAGUUUACAAUGGUAUUGUUAUAUAAUUUUAGUCUUAAAUCAGAGUUGUGAAAUGAAAUUAAGAUAUUUCCAACAGAAAUACCACACACACAAGAUAGGCAUGCAUAACAGCAGUGAAUUGAACUUGUUAAGGUAAUUCAUCCACCCUCAAGCACCCUCCUCGCCUUGAUCGGCGCUAGCGCUUUUGCUUUUAAUAAAUACCCCCAUAAACCGUACAUUUUCUUAAAGCAUAAUAGUUCCAGAUUAUUGCUAAUUCCUUUUUAAAAAUCAAAAUAUUAACGGGAUUCAGAAAUGAGAAGCUUUUUGUGAAAGUGGGUGUCACUGUAAAUUUAAGUCCAGGGCAGCCAUAAAUAAAUGGAAGAAGCCAAUUAAGGGGGUAUUCGCUUCUUAACACGUUUGACUAAAAAACCGUGUCUCAGAUUUUUGUCAAGUGGGUUUGUUCUUUUGUUAUAAGAAGUUGAGGUUCGCAACAGCAAAUCAGUAGCACUACCUGUGAAAAAACUACUCUAACUCGAAAAUGAAAAAAGAAAUCAAAAUUCGCAGACACAGUUUUUCAGAAAAACUAUAUGACGAGAAGUUGGCCAAAUUUCAGCCAAAUAUGUUCACGGGAUACCGACUUGGAGUUUAAAACGUACCCUCAACUUGUCCUGAUUUUCAUUUCGAGAAAACAGGGGAAAAAGAUUUUUGGCGGCGUAUUACCCAUGACGAGAUCAUAACAGAUUAUAACACCAAAGCUGUCAAUGUUGAUGUGUACCAGAAAAGGGACAACAAUAGUGACACAGCAGGAAAAGGUUACAAACAAAACCCGACAACAAUUUAUUUCAAAGGCUCUGCUCUGUUCGAUCCUUCUGUUGUCGAGAAAGCAUUUUAGUUGUUUGCAACGGGCAGUUUUCAUUUUGAGCCAAGCCAACUUUUACUUGAUACAUUUUCUAAAAGUUCGACACUUCCCUGGAAAAAUGGACAACAAACAGCUUCCUGGAGUUUUUCUUGAAGCUGCUAUCCCGCUACAAGAGACUUUCAAAAAAGUCCUUCGUCCGAUUUUUUUCAUGAAUUUGUUGCUCGCUUGGCCGCUUCGCGGCCUUAAAAGCUCGCUCCGCUCACUAAGAAACUCGUGAAACUCGAUUUUGCAGUAGUUUCAAUGGGUUUUUGAGAAGCUUUGUCAUCUUUUAGCCAUUUUUCUUUGUUGUAGUAGAAGCCCUUGUCGCUCUCUGCUAAUUUCAAAGCCCACACUUUCCAAACGAUUUUGUCGUCUUCUUUCGUUCUUGGAGUCGAGGACGAAAAUGGACAAGCUCUUUUUUCGUCUUUGGAGGCAUUCACUUCCAAAAUCCAGGGAAGAACAGUGAGUACUAUACUUGUAGACUACGAUUUCUGUCAAAUUGCGUGAUUAGCUUGGUUCAACAGCGGCAUGCAUAUCAAGUAUGACAGGACUUGUCAACGAUCUAUUAAAAUAAUUAGCAUAGAAAAAACUUUUGCGCUCCAUAAUUCUGCACAGAAAAAACAUUUUUUUCCUGGAAUUUUUUUUAAAAGAAAGCUCUUGAUGAGCUCUACUUAAUCAUCUAAAAAUUGAAAAUUUCGAAAAAUGAUGAUUUUUUACCCUGGAUGAUACCUUAAGUGAGCAAACCAAUCACGGUCUAUAAUUAUCUCAAAAUUGCUACCAGAAGUGAAGUAUCUGGUUAUGCUGUGGCUGUGCUCUGAGAAAAGGUUGUAGGGCACCUAAAAUAUCCUGUAAACCAAUCAAAUUCAGGUUAUCAGGCAUGUGAGCCUUGUGUAAAAAUAAUCUAAAUAUUUCUUGUUGAUCAAAGGCAAAACUAAGGCACUGUUUGCCAUCACGCUUGGAGCAUAGUCACAGUGCCUGAUUAUAAAAGUACUCACUUGGUACUAAUUUGAACAAUCUAAUAUUUCUUUAUUAAGGAAUACCACCUAAUAGUCUUUAGCUACAUUGUAUUAUUUUUUUCUUCAGAAAAUAGGAACCUAAUCAAUAACCUAAAUGGCUUAAAUUUGUGCUAAUUACUAUUUAUGUAAGAACCUGUUUAGGCUAACUUGGCAAAAUGCAGGUUUCUACUCACGGGUUUUUAGUGUGUUUUCAUAACAUGUUAUUUUUAUUUUUUUCAAAUGAAGGCUUUUCCUCCCUCUCAUUGCACGGGAGAUGAUUCAAGUUCUUCAUGUUGGCAGCAGCUCCAAUGACACAAAUUCCUGGAGUAUGUUUGGUUUUUUGUAUGGCACAUUUCCUGCUGCACCAUCCUCAGCCAUAUUUGCAGCUAAGUUUGGCUUUGAAGAGGAGCUGGUAAGUGUUAUUUCUGUCAUAAGUGACAAAUUAUUUGUAAUUGAUGUUUUAUUUCGUAUAUUAAUUUUUUGAGUAAGGAACUUUUUCAGUCUGCCUUUCAAUCUGUGGUGUUAAUCAUCAUUACGUGUGAAAUUCAAGUGGGCAGAGUCUAUAAAAUUAUUUAAAUUACAGCUAUAGCAUAAUUUUCAUAAUGAUCUUAUCUUGUUGUUUCAAUCACUUGAGGACCAAGAGAUGUCCUUCCAAGAUUGACUUUAUUGCUGUGAUAUGAAUUUAAUUAAAUUUGAUAGUACUAAUUAAUUUUUUCCUUUAUUAACUCACCACAAACCCACUGGGAAUGUGUUUUUUUAAUCAAAGCUUUUUUCAGCUUAAUUUGUAUUCUUGGUGAUAUAUACGUUUAAACUACUCAAUUUCUUUGUACAAUUGUUUCAAUAUAGUCUCAGUGAACUGUUGGCAGAACUGCUAUUUUGAUAAUGAAACAUGAACUAUUUUAUUAUUUUUGUUCAAUGUUACAGAUAACAAGCACAAUGGUGAUGAGUACUUUCUUGUCAGCUCCACUCAUGUUCAUUUCUGCUCAGAUGUCACUCUUACAUUACAGUGCUAAAACUGCCAUUGAUUUUAUACGAGUGUUGAAAGAUGCCAUGGUUGAUGUCAGUGGUACCUCACUUCCUUUUGGAGUAAGUUAUUCCUGUAUUGCAUACAGAUUCCUUUUGGCUGCUGAAAGGAGAUUCAUAGUCCCUUAGUGUCUGUGCUCCCUCUGGCAUUCACUAUAAUACGGUGCCACUUGAGGCCUUUUGGUUUGCAUGAUCUUGAAAUGGUAGGAUCAAGUCAAAAACAGUGUAAGCUGUUUAAAGGGACAACGCCAGCUGAUGCACAUGCACAUUAGAUACCACUUUACGUUGAUUUGGAUAUCACAAAACAAUGAUGCAGGUGAAACUGAAAGUGAGAACACAUGCUUUGGAAUAUGUGAGCAAAUAUUGUGGAGUUGAACUAAAUUCAAGUCAAAAUAUAUCGUGAUUACAGACCUUAAAUCUUAUCAGAGCACUUAUUUACUUAUUAUUUUAUAUACCAAUGGUAAUUCACGGAUGGACUUGUCCAGGGAAAGCCAAACAUUGACAAAUACUUUCGAAUUCAAAGAAUCAAAAUAUAUCCAAAUAUAUAUAACUUUUCUCCAUUGAUUUUCCAUAUAAUAAUGACUUGCUCUGCAAUGUUAUUGAGACUUUUCUCCUGUUAUUUUGGUAAAUGAAGGUAGUUUCUCCUGCCCGGUGCCUACACAUUUCUCACUUCUUCUUUCAAGUUCCUUUGGAUAUUGUGUUUAACCAAAUUCAAUAAAAUAAUUUAAUAGGAUGAGUAGUUUGCUGAAAAAGAGGUUUUCAGUAAAAGAGUGAGGAUCGAAUGAAAUUAAACUAGGCCAGGCAAGAUUGAAGUGGAUUUCUGAAAGUGUUUGAUGCACACAUUUGAUUUUGGGUUGAGGUAAAUACUUUUCAAACUAACAAAAGUAGUGUCCAAGUCAGUAUGGUCCCAUAGCUGGCUGUGUCCUUUUAAUGGCAGUAAUAAAAAAGAGUAAAAUGUUGAUAAUAUUACUUGCCCAAGUUUUUUUACAAUACAUUGGACCUCUUGGCUGUUGAAAUAACAUAAUUAUAUAUUUAUCUUUUUUAUUUGAACAGAUAUGGGUUUUUGUUGUCUUAUUCCUUGGAAGGCGUUACAGGAUUUACCCUCAUAAUUACACAAUGUGCCUGAUUGUGUUUCAGGUAUGAAAGAGUCAUUUAUAAUAAAUAAAUGUGAAGUUUUUAAAUUUCAUUAUUUCAAUGUCAUUUUUAAUCCAGUUGAUGAAAACCUCUCUUCAUGUUUUUCAACUCUGUGCCUUACAGUAGUUGUAGUUGACUUCUGUAAUAUUGUGCUUUUUUUUUAUUAGAUUCUAGCAUGCGUCUCAACAAUUCUUUCAAGGGUUCCUUGCAGUUCUCAGUACUGGCUGUUGUUUGUGACCAUUUUGUUCUUUUAUGGACUUUGGGGAUCUCGUUGUUGGGCAGCCAUGAUUGCAUUCUCCUUAUGUGUUGUGCGAUGUAAAGGUGCAAAGACUGUUGAUAACCUCAGAGUAUGGAUUUGGCUCUUUGGCUCUGGGUAAGCUCCAUGUUACAGAUAUAACGCUUGCAUGUUCAUAACUAAAGAAUUACGAGAGAACCCAUCUGUGAAGGUUACUAUUUGUUAACUGAACUGUUAUUUCUUUUGAUCAGUGUUGUAUAAGGAGGAACAUUAGGGCAAACAAAGUUUUGAAGUAUAAUCUUUAUUUGGUGGGGCGUGGUAGCUAGAAAUUUUCCAGAGGGACAAACAGUUUUCCAAAUCAACCCAUGUCCUUCUUCUAAGUCUUUUUCACAUGUGUGACUUGAUUACAUUUCCAAUUUUUAAUAGUAUAAUGAAGACUGUGUUCUUCUGGCAACAUUUACAGCUCUGCAAGUGUCAAAAUAAUGCAAAAAAACCUCCAGCAUUAUGGAUUUAUAUGGGAAUUACAUGCACCCUUUUCCAGCUAUGCAUUAUUAGUAAAAUCCAACUAGUGGUCUAUUAUCAAUACUGCAUUCUGAUUGGUUGAGCUACUACUUGGCUAUAUGUUAUAGCCCACUAGAAGCGAAAAGUGCGGGCUUUGAAAACCAAAACAAUGGCGGCUGAAUCUUGUUUUGCUAGCUCAAGUUGUUUUGUUUCAAUAUUUUUUGACCAACCCGUUGGAUUUUACCAAAACAAUUAUUAUUCCUCUCGCCCUCAUGGCCUCUGAGUCAAUAGCCCAUUCGCGCUGGAGGAACAAUUAUUGUUAAUUAUUUUAUCUUCUUUUAAUUCCCUCCCUCCCAGGGUAUCAUCGUGCAGAGAAAGUACUGUCUGAUAGCCGGGGACUAGUGUAUUUUGAUGUUGGGCUAGUGAAUUCUGUUCUUAACUUGCCUGAUGGGCAAGUGAAGUUUUUUGAGGAAUUCAAAUUAUGUAAGAACUGUGUAAUUAAUCCUGCUCAUCAAAACGUUUUUGGAGCUAGCUGAAAAGGAAUUUUGGGCUACCGGCAAUACAUACUAGCUACAGCUUGCCCAAAUGGCAAGCUGUAAAACUGACUUUCGUUGCACCCUGGGUACAUGUAUGUGUGUACUGGGUGUACAGGUAGCUACGCCCUUAUUAUGGCGUGAUAUUUUUGAACAAAAAUUGAGUUACUAAACCCUACAUUACUGACAAGAGUCUUUAUCUAGGUUUACCACAUCUUAUGAUAGUUAUUGCCUCUCGGUGCUGGCUGAAUUAUAAUUAUGUAGUACUAAAUUUUUCACUGUCAGGUGUCAUUGUUAAUCUUGUCUUUGUUUACUAAAUUGACAGAUUGCCUGCCCUUUCUUGUGGGAUUGCUGUUGCACUACUACAUUCUUCUUAUACAAAAUACAGGGAAACUCCUUUGUUCUUAUUCAACAUCUUAAUGGAAGUAAGCAUACAGUUUUUUAUGGCUUCCCUCAGACUAGAUUGAAUUAGAUGUCAACAACUUAAGUAAAUGUUAUGGAUAAUUAAAAGAGGUUGUAUGUGAGGUGAGUUUUCGACAACUCAAUGCUACAGUUUUGGUUGUCAUUAGUUUUCAAAAUGGGAAACUGCUUAAUUAGUUGUUAACAAAAAAAGGAAAUUUGGUCCAAGACAAAUCAUGGUUUGUACAAUCUUGAAAAGUCCUUGAAUUCGGUUGAGGUUCUUGAAAAGUCCUUGAAAUUCACAAUCUUGUCUACACCAGACACCUUUUGCUGUAAAAUUAGAUCAUUUUGCCGAGGAACAUUUGGCUCAUCCCCGGUAUAAGAACCUGUAAAACUCACAGGUAAUAUAAAAACAUUUUUGUGCAUGAACAAUAUUUUUGUUUCUUUAUUUCAAAUGCUAUUUCUGUACCUUGGUGCAAUUGCAAGUCAUACCCAGACGUUUCGCGAAGAAUUGUCGCGGAAAGUAGUAUAAAGUAAUGUGAUCAAGGAUGGCAGAAGAAGGACAAAUCGUAAAUGACUCCAUUAUGUAUUUUAGCCAAUAAAUAUAGGGUGAUAAAAGUUGGUUAAAGACUGCCGAUUUCUUAAAUAAAUCUUAGUCGACCCUUAAAAACUGUAAAUUGUUCUUGAAAAAUCCUUGGAAAGUCCUUGAAGCAAAAUUUAGUCUCUCCUCUAAAACAUAGAUCCCGCAUAUUUGAACACUUUAUUCUCUUGUUGGCCUCCUAAGUUUUUCCAUUUAUAAUGCAUGGUCUUAUCUUGUGGGGGACUUGUUGCAAUUCCAACAUUAUUAUCUCAAUGAACUGAGCGUCUCCACUGCAGGGCCUCCAGAAUUACAGGGUGUCCCAAAAGUUACGUAUAACUGUUAGAAAUUUAAGUUAAUAUUUUUAGGUCUCAGAUAAAUACUUUGUUUUUAACUUUGUAAUUUAGUAUUUUUUGUAUAUAUUUCAUUAAUGUAUUCUAGUUAGUAUGUAGUAUACACAACCCCACAAGCUUUCUAGCUUUAACUUUUAUCGUGUCAAAAUAAAGGUUUUAUGUUAUGUUAUGUUACGUUAUGUUACACCUGCAUAAUUUAUCCUGAUAUUUUCCAUUUUCUGUCAGAAGACCUGAUUUGUGAAGUAAGGCUUAAGCAGUUACUAUCAGUGCUUGUUCUUAUCAGUAGGUUUGUGUGGUUUGUUUUUAGAUGCCAGCCAUGGUAAUUGCAGUGUCAUUGCUGAUUCUCUGUGCUGUAAUCAUAGUAGUUUCAUUGGUAUACCUUUACCGCCAUGAUCUGUAUUGUAAGUGUUCACGGAAAACUCGGGCUCAGUGCGGUAUUGUUCAGCAGGAGCCUGGUGAGGGAAGUCCAUUACUAUCAAGAAAGGAACUUGACAGGCAAGGAUCACUUCGCACUUCGCUAGUGUUGUUUACACAUUUUUCCACGUAGUUGUUGCUGUAUAUGUUUUCCUUGGUCAAACUUUUAAAUUUACAAUCAAAGAGUUUCAGAUGUGAAAAAAAUUUGUUAAGCGCGGUAUCCAGUGCUCUGUUAAACUAGCUUCUGAAUCAGAUCAUUAAUUUAUCUUGUAAAAUUCCUUCCUGGUACGGUUAUUCAUUUAGGUUAUGACUAACUUAAUAGGUAGUAUUUGAGUCAUAUUUAGAAUUAACUUUUUGUAAUAAUUUUUUCAUAUAUGGGCUUUACAAGGUCAGCAAAAGGCGAGCCAUUGUAAACACCCAUACAGAUGUCCUUCUCAUUUUUUUUAGUACAUACUGUAGCUGUAGCAGGGAUGAGAUCUUAUCCUGAACAUAAUAUUGUUUGCAGGUGUUAUCGGUGUUUGGAGAUAGAUAAAUUAACCAGCAAUCAGCGUGAUACUUCUGCUUGUUGUCAGCCAAAUGAAUCUUCAAAAUGUGAAGGUUGUGAGAUUGAUCAGCCUGCAAUAGGAGUUGUAAACAUUGAGGACAUUGAUGAGUCAACAUGUCUCAUAAAACGGAAGCAGUAUCAAUCCACAGAUCCGGCAGAAAGUCCUACUAGUGGUAAGUAAUCUAUUUUCUCUUUACAGUCUUACUGUAGGAUACCCGCCAGCAGAGGGUACAUUUUCGCGGUAUGAGCUACUUUUCGCAUGCCAGCUCUACGGACCGUAUAUCACUUUUGCGAUCCGUACGGUCCGUACGGAUCGACAAACCGUAUGUGACCUCUCUCCCCAUGAAAAUAUUCUAAGUCCCACUAAUGAGAUGCAGUUUCGGACUGUAUGCCAUUUUUAAAUCUUUACGGUCCGUACGGAUCGUAACAUGGGUAAUACAGACCGUUACAGUGCGGGUGUAUUGGACAACUCUCCUUACUGGCUUUGUUUAGUCUGGUCAUGUCGGGGAACAACUUUUCUAUGAUCUCAUAGACUGAGUUGGUCUAUGGAAUCAUAAUGGCUGUUUGUAAGUUUGAGAUGCGUAGUUUGUUGAUGCUAAUGUUCUGUUUUAUUGUUGUGUAUUUGGUCUGGCAAAAUGUGAAUAUUGUUAUCAUGACCCACUUAAAACGGUCAGCCAUACAAGAAUGGGCUUCUUCGUUAUAGGAAAUAAACGCGCGUGAUAAUUUUAAAAGGUACUUUAACUUAACAAUAUUAAUUUUCUUCUUUUGCAGAAGUUGAGGCCAUAUUUGGAGGAAAAAGUGUGGAAAUGGAUCUUAAAGUAGACGAGUACUUAACAGGAGAGAAACACCAACUGGGCCGUCACGUGACUAUGUUGGUUAUAAUGCUACUCACGAUUAUAGUUGUAAGUACAUUAGCUGUUCAGCCUGCGAAUACAGCUAUCUCUCCUCGCUCCACUUUCCUCGCCCCUAGGGACGGCCCGCGGGAGAGAUUUUGCAGAGAUUUUACGUCAUCAGUUUGGGAUUUCUGUUGUUGAGGCGCAGGCUUCUUUCCCACCGGCGACACGUCAGGCUCGGUACAUGUCCUUAGCGGCGAGGAGCGAGGACAGAGAAUUUAUUUGCAGGCUCGUAACUGUUCUGUGGGUAUUUGAAUGAUUUAUCACUGAUAAACCUAAACCAGCUUAAGCUUAUUUUGUCACUUAUGAAUUUCACAUCAGAUUUGGAUUCAUUGUAAAGAAAAAUACAAAAUGUAUGGAUAUAUACUAAUAGAAAAUACAUAGGUCUAAUAAAGUGUCUACUAAACCCAAGCAUUUUCAUAAUAGCGGUUUAGAGCUGUCAGUCAAUCGAAGGUGUGUCGAUUUGUAUGUGCUAAUCAGUGAUCGUUUUUUAUUAGGGUGUGUUUCUUGCAUUAUGGUGUCUUCUUAAGGAAGACGACAAGUCAGGAAUCUUCAUUGCGUUGCAAAUAGCUGACGCCUUCUGUGUAUAUGGACAGGUAAACUUUUUAAUUAUAGAGCGGUUUUCACUUGACUGUCGUAAAACCAAAACCAAAGUAAAUACACUAGCCAACCAAAGGGCGUAGUAAAACCAAAACCAAAACCAAUUCCUCAAUUACUUUCGACAGUCAAGUGAAAACCGCUCUAAUCAUCCUGAAUGUUGAAAGAGUGCGAUCAUUUCGCCACACUGCAGUUUAGUCGAUUCGCUAAAUUAUAAACUUAGAAUCGACGAUAUGAAUAUUCCAGCUCAAUUUGGUCCCAGAGGAUUUUCUUGAAUUUUUUCUCGGCGUGAGAGAGAGAGAGCGAGCCGCGAAGCGGCGAGGAGAGAAUGAGGAUGGAAAAUUCUGUUUGGGCAAGAUGUAGGAAAUCGUUUGGUGUAAGUGGCAACCUGAGCAGACAGAAAACUUGGCUAAUGUCCCGCUUCUUGACCUCAUCCUUGAUUUGAUCUCUUUAACGUAUAGCUUUUAUAUCCUAAAUGGUGCUAAUUGAGUGGAGAGAGGAAAGGAAGAAGGUUGUAUGGUAUUUGUGACGUUUAUUACGUGUUGUUUUCUAAGCGCAGCAGUUGAAUAUGAAGACUAUUAAUCAUACACUGUGACUACUGUCUGUUUUUCUUUUUCUUUUUACAGGCUUUUGUUGUUUUUGCCUGCUUUGGUUUUGAGAAGCAACUCAUCAUCAUUCCCUUCUUAACCAGGUAACAUUCAGUGAAUCUUGCAAAAUUAUUUCUUACUGGAAAAAGAGUAAAAUGAAGUUGGUUAUAUAGCUAUUUUCCGCUUGUGUUGUUCUUCUUGCAGAGAGAUAACGGAAAAAGAUCACUUUAAAAAUGGCCACCCCGAUAGGCCCUCCUCAGAUGGAAGGAGGUGACGGGGCUAACUCCAAAUACAUCAUAAACUAGUAGGAGUAGUGCCUGUCAUGUAUUGACGAACGCGGGACAAUCUUCGACACUUCCCAUCUGACCGAAUGGUUUUUUUUUGUCAGGGAUUUUUCAUGCAUCAUCUUGUUUCAUUUUGUGUUUGUUAGGUGGCGUAAAUUUUGGUAUGGUACUGAAGUCAUCACUUUACCAAAAACUGCUGAUCUUGAUGUCGACGUUGUUACACUCUGCGAUCAGUUUAAGCGCUACCACAAACAAAACUGUCAGCGGUCUGUUGUCAGUGACUUAAGGUAUGUUUAUACUUAAUUCUUUAAUAGUGCUCACUCCAGUGAUCUUGAUGCAUUUUACCCAGUGUUUUCUUGCCAGUGAACAUUGCAAUUUAAACACUGCAGCAAGUCUUUGUGGGCCGCUGGAAAAUUGUUAUUCUUUUGUUUGUAUAAAUAUCGUAAGAUCUGGUAAGAUCCUAAGUCAAUAGGGACAACUUACAGUUGCUGUUGAUGACUAUUUGUUUGGCUUGAAAGGCCACACUUCUGAUUUCGUUUUUGCAGUAUAGUGAAACUGUUACAAGUAAUAAACAAUAAAGUAUCCAUUUUUUGAUUAAACCAAUGGUUCUAACUAAGUCUGCUGUACCAAGCGCACGGCUGUUAGGCCUGGGUUCGAAACUAUAUCCUAAUCACAUGGCGCGCAUGCUCAACAAAGAUCUUACACGAUUCAUGUAGAGUCUUUCUCGAGUACACCAAAAGAAAGGCUCUACUGGCAGUGUGGCAUCAUCUGCGCAUCAAGACAUGGUCAUCUUGAGUAACCCACUUGGUUCGUAAUGGCUAACCGUAAGCAUUGGUUUGACUUGGUGCUUCGAGAACAAAUAUGAGCACUGUAAUGUUAAAUCGAUUCGACUCACCAUUCGCACAGUUUUGUUAAAUGUUUGAUGGUUUGGAGCAGCGUGCCUUUAUUGUAGUAACACUAAGGAAUCUGAGGUUUAACAUAUAAAGGUUUACUACUAUCAUGCGACAUUUUUUUAUUGACGACAAAAUAACAACAUUAAUAUACAGCGUGUAAUAAAAAAUACGUAAAUAAAUGAAUAAUUAACAAAACGUAUCACAGCCUUUACAUGAAGCUCACGCGAAGCUUAUACACGCACAAAAAAGUGAAUAAACAAAUAAAAACAUAACAAUAAGAACAAAAAGUAUUAGAGAAUAAAAGCGUGCCAGUUGUCACACAUUUAAAGUUAUUUGCUUCAACUUUCAAUGCGACAUUGUUCCAAAAGCUUACGCAAGUAUUUCUUUUGCAAUAAUACCAAUAGACGAAGUCUGUUCAUGGAAACUGGAUUUGACAUUUGCAAUGUAAAGGAGUCUUCGAACGUGUUAAAUAAAUUUUGUUUGUUUGAAAGUUUAACGUUUUCCUUAUGAUAAUCAUUAAAGCACCCUAAAUUUUUGGAAAAUAAUUCAUUUGACUCUUCACAAUGUAUAAAGGUUUGUACAAUUGAAUCUGGAUUGAAGCAGAAAGGACACUUGUCAUCAGAGGCUAAUUUAUAUUUCAGUAGUUCUUUCUUGAUCGUAAUUAUUCUUCCCUUAUCUUUCUUAUGGCCUCGUUGCCUGGGGCCAGGCUGCCAAAGUUCAUUUGGAGAAACUCCUUACAUUACAAAAGAGAGCUGUGCGCCUAAUUAACUUCGCACCUUUCCGCUCUCAUGCCGUCCCUUACUUUCUUCACUCUAAUAUUAUGCCUAUUACAAUGCUCUAUUUUAAGCUUUCUUCGAUGUUAAUGUUUGAUGUUUACAAUAACACUGCCCCUCAUAAUAUUUCACAUCUCUUUAUUCCUACUCAACAAAUCCACUCUUACAGCACUCGCUCCUCCUCUUCUGGAAAUUAUUACAUUAGCCACUCUAGACUAAAUCAGAAAAAUGAUUCGUUUUCUAUUAUGGGAGCCAAAAUUUGGAAUAGUAUACCUGAAAAUUUACGAAAUUCUUCAAGAUCUCUCUUUAAGGAAAAAGUUCAUACAAUUCUGUUGAAAAUAUUUGAAGUUCAGGAUAGAUAUGCUGACCUAAACACGAUAAUCUCCGAUUUUAAAAAAUAUUAGCCCCCGCUUAUCUAAAUAGCUGCCUCGAUUUUCUUAUCUCAAUUUCUCUCGUGACUGACCUUUUUUAUUAUAAAUAUGGUACUUUUUCACUUCAACUAUUCGUAAUAAAUCUUAAGCCGUCUACACACCACCUGCCUCGAUUAGCCUUGCUAUUUGCAGGUGGUGUGAUAUUUGUAUAUUUAAUGUAAGAAAUAAAGAUGUUGUUAUUCUGUGCAUAACUUUAAAAGAGAAUUGUCUAAGGCCUAGGCCAAACUUGUGAUGCCAAAAAAAAUCCGGUAAUAACGUGAACGCGUGAAAAAAGGAAAGAUGAAAACAAACAAACAAACAAACAAAAUAUAGAAAACAAAUCUUUAGUCAACAUUUACGCACUGGUAUAAGGUUAUUCGAUUUUAUUACAAAUCACGAAGCCAUUUGAUUUUGUUACAAUUUAGCAAAUGUCUAACAUCCUUUUUCUUUUGUGAAUUUGGAAAAUGAACAAUGUUUCUUUUAUCUUUUCUUUUAUUUAGAUACCGACUGCGCAAGUACAAGUCUGUUUUUCGCGGUGAUCGACUAGUGAACUGGUUACUAGAAGUUGGACUUGCCACUGACCGACAAGCUGCAGUACAUUACGGGAAUUGUUUGAUCCUUGGACGUGUGAUAUGUCACGUGACCCAGGCUCAUUUCUUUUAUGAUUCGCCGUACUUGUAUCAGUUCUGUGAAAAAAGUAGUUCACGCCAAGAUAAGGUGAAAAUGGAGCGUCAAAACGAUGAGAGCUGUCCAUGACAAGCUAGCCCAGCGUAAACUCGUAGAAACGAGGGUUUGAAACCGGUACCUCGGCUAUCACUUCGGUCGUUGAAAAUGAAUUGAAAAAAGUCCUGUUAUCUGAACAAUCGUGAAAUUGUGAUUUUAACUAGAAUUAGCCUAGAACUAAAAUCUGUCGAAGCAAUGAAGAGUGCUGAUUUCCUGAAAGAGUUUUUAGCAUAUAUCGCUACUAUCGCAGCGAUCGCAGCUUUCAGGGCGAUCAUGUAAAAACCCGUGGGGGAUGGGGGUCCUAAACGGAAAUUUGGGCACGGGGUGGGUACGCCGUCGAGACUUAGAUUUUGAAAAAGAAAAAUAUUGUUGAUACCACACAUGUAGUUCAAGGAUUCCUUUCCAAAACGUCGAGAGAGACGUGAGACACCCUUUCCACAAGCGAAAAAAUGGAAUUGCUUACCCUGUUUAGGACUCAGGACCUCGAAAACCAUAAGUACCCUUUUCGAACGGCACAUACCUGUUCAGGCCAAAUAAGGGACUCUCCCCUCUCCCUGAAUGGAAACCAACCUUAAUCCAAUACGACUUAGCGUGUCGCUUGAUUUUGCCACGAAAUACUUCAACUUGUUUCUUUCUCGCACAUUUAAAGAUAUCUGAUACAGUUGCUACGAAAGCUGCAAGUUUUCUUCAGUAAUAUGUUCUGUUAAUAACUUUGCUGACAUUCUGGGUGGCUCCUACUAAAAUAUUCUACAAUUGGUAGAGGAUUUAAUGUGGUCGAAACCAAUUGUGGAAUUGUACGUAUUUUAGGAAUCCCACUGAUGAACGUUUACUACACUUAAAGUGAAGUUACACGAGAGGAUUCGCAACGAUGAUUUUUAGCGCAACACAGCGUUGCUUUAUUGUUGCGACAUUGUUUCGAAUAGUUAUAACAUUGUUUCCAAUAUUGCGACGCUGUAUUGCGUUAAAAAUCGUCGUUGCGAAUCGUCCUGUGCGACAUAACCUUUCGACUGAUAUUUGCAGGAGCAACAUCGGGCAGUUUAGGUUUCUGGGGAGUUGCUGACCUUGCCCUUCACUAAGCGAACAUUUUACCCUAAGUGAGAAGUAAGUAUUGAGUUGGGGAAGGGGUAGGUGGGCAGUUUCCCAGAAACUUAAAAUGAUCCACAGUUACGUUUAGUGUUGUAAGAACAUAGUGUGUAUGACCACUGGUGAAAAACCACAGACAAAUUAAGCCUGGUCGAUCGAUAGCACUGCAAAAGAAAAAAAAACAGUCCAGCGAUCUGAACGUUUGAUGCGAUCAUAGGAAAACCAGUCUUGAAAUAGAAAUGAUGGAAGCUUUCGCAACAAAAUUAAACGAUCCAAGUGAUUGUAGUAUUGUAGCGAUCAUACGAGAUAUCUUUGGAUGUGAGUCGAAGUAAAAAGUUGGAGGUAUUUAAAUCAAACCGACCACACAUACAUGAAAUGGUAGUGUGUUAAGAGAACUGAGAAUAUAUUAUCACAGCAAAGAAAAUGAACAGUUCAAUUUGUGAAUUUCUUUACAAAAAUUAUUGCCUUAAAUUUAUAUUGAAGUUUAUAAAUUAUUAUAAUUUAUUUAAAUGGUUUUUUAAAAGUCUUUCAAUACAAAAUUCAAUAAAAUAAAUAAAUAAAUGGCUGUGUGUUAACCAUCAUAUCCAGGGAAGUUUCGAUAAACAAUUUGCGACAAUUCAGCUUUUUGUUCAUGGCAUUCCUUUCAUUUGUGGGAAAUGGACCGACAAAUAGUGCUUUUUAGGACCUAGUUAUAACUGAGUUUACUCCAAAUCGUUGAACUAAUUUAUUUUUAGUGGCGUUGAAACGUUGUAAG